AUGAAGGUCGCCGCCUCUGUUGCAGCGGCGGCUGCUCUCGUUGACGUGGCUGUCGCCUCCGUCCCAUCCAUUGUCAUCAAGGGAUCCAAAUUCUUCUACGAGAACAACGGCACUGAAUUCUUCAUCCGUGGUGUGGCCUACCAACCCCCCUACGAUGGCACCGGAACGACGACCUCCGCGGGCUCGGUCGAUUUCGUCGAUCCGCUCGCCAACGAGACCAUCUGCAAGCGGGAUCUGCCCUACCUGCAGGAACUCAACACCAACGUGGUCCGGGUGUACGACAUCGACCCGGAUGCCGACCACACCACCUGCAUGAACCUGCUGGCCGACGCCGGCAUCUACGUGCUGGCCGAUCUGUCCACCUCAGACUACUCCAUCGUCAGCUCCGACCCCCAGUGGAACCUCGAGCUGUACGACUUCUACGCCAGCGUCGUCGACUCCCUCGCCAACUACACCAACACCCUGGGUUUCUUCGCCGGUAACGAAAACUCCAACAGCGCCAACACCACCGGCGCUAGCGCCUUCGUCAAGGCCGCCGUUCGUGACAUGAAGGCCUACAUCAAGACCAAGGGCUACCGCUCCAUCGGUGUCGGUUACUCCGCCGCCGAUGUCACCGAGAUCCGUGAUGAUCUGGUCGCCUACUUCAACUGCGGUGACCAGGACGAUGCCGUCGACUUCUUCGGUGACAACGUCUACGAAUGGUGCGGUGAUUCCACCUACACCGAGUCCGGCUACAACGUCAUGACCGAGGAUCUGAAGAACUACUCCGUCCCGUACUUCUUCUCCGAGUACGGCUGUAUCACCGUCCAGCCCCGUUCCUUCAGUAACGUCCCCGUCAUGUACGGUUCCGAGAUGGACUACUGGCUCAGCGGUGGUAUCGUCUACGAGUACUUCCAGGAUGCCAACGACUACGGCCUAGUCAGCAUCUCCGACGGCGACGUCGUCACCUCGACCGCCUUCUCCUCCUACUCGAAGGAAAUCAACUCCGUCAGCCCCACGGGCACCAACAGCGCCAGCUACACGCCCACCAACACGGUGGCCCGGUCAUGCCCCACCGUCGGCUCCUCCUGGGACGCGGCCAGCAACCUCCCUCCGGCCCCCAACGCCGAACUCUGCUCCUGCAUGUCCGAGACGCUAUCCUGCGUCGUGAAAGACUCCGUCUCCUCCAAAGACUACUCGGACCUCUUCAGCACAGUCUGCGGCUACGGCGUGUGCGCGGGCAUCGACACCAACACGACCUCCGGCGUGUACGGCGCGUACUCGAUGUGUAGCUCGAAGCAGAUGCUUAACUGGGCUUUGAAUGCUUAUUACGAGGAACAGAAGUCGGCGGGUAAUGGUGCGUCCGCGUGUGAUUUUGCUGGGUCGGCGACUACCACUUCGACUACGUCGCCGACGGGUACUUGCUCGUCAUUGUUGAAGGCCGUUGGAACGGCUGGUACGGGUACGGUGUCGCUGUCUGCUGCUGCGGGCACUAGUACGGGGGAUUCGAGUGCCAGUGGGUCGAAGAGUAGCUCUGCUGGUGUGCCGGGGUAUUCGAGCUAUACGACGAAGGUUGGACUCGGACAGGUGGUGGUGUUUGUGGCGGUGGGGUUGUUGUCGGGGACGGGAAUGAUCUUGCUGUAG